AUGAGGCCAGAGCCGCUAUUGAGAGCUCCUAGCGAGGGGUACUCGGAGGCUCUUAAGAUUCUCAGACGCCGGUUCGGGCAACCUCAUUUAAUCGCCAGGGCUCACAUCGAUAAUUUGGUUGAUGGUCCAGUUUUAAGAGCUAUGGAUCCGACAGACUUUAUGAAACUUGCCGGCGAUAUGCGACAAUGUAAGAACACGUUGCAACAGUUGGAUUAUGUGACCGACUUAAAUUCAUCUAGGACGCUGACCGCCAUCAUCGGAUGA